UCCGCAGGUCGAGCGACACCACCACCUGAAAGCCUGACAUCAUCCUCAAGAAAAAGGACCGUGCCAUGGACCAUCCCUUGGCUUUGAUCAUCGCAAGCUUCACUCUCCUACUCGUCCUACUCUGCCUCAAGUUCCUAUUUUACACCAGUCGAAAUGAGCAGAGCGAUCGAUCAGCACAUGGCCAGAAUGUCCAAGUAGUCAUCAGUGGUCCGAUGGGUAAUGGAAAGACACAUCUAUGGUCUCGUCUGAUCUAUGGAACCGAUCGGAUCGAAACGGUCACGAGUAUGGUCGAGAACAGGAUCACAAUUCACUUUGAGAGGCAACUAGUUCUGGAUGAAAACGAAAGACAAGACUCCGCUGAAACUCCCGCGGUCUGCUUGGUCGAUACUCCUGGGCAUCCUCGGCUUAGCUGUCGAUCGUUGGCUCGCAAUAUACCUGAGGCUAAAGGAAUCAUCUUCGUUAUCGAUAGUCAGCUUGGUCUCACCGGAAAAGGCUUAAGGGAUACUGCUGGGGCGCUGGAACUCGUUCUUUCAUUCCUUCAGCUUCUUCAUUGCCAAGCCCCUGACUCAAAACUUCCUAAACUAUCGAUACACCUUUCAAAUCCUGCUCGAAGUCCGACCUCUCCACCAUCUCCCAGUGGCAAAAGUGCCAUCGUUCAGAAAACGAGGGCAACACUGACGAAGGAACUCAAUCGGCGCAAACUCAACUCAGUUGGUCGUUCCAACACAGGCCCGGGCUUCCGCAAGAGUAGAUUAGAAUCACUCGAUGCGAUCCCAUCGGCUGAAUUCACUUCGUUCUUUGACCUCAUCAAGCGUCUUUUUAAGUUCAACAGAUCUGUUGAACUGACAAGUGAGAGUACGGCUGGGCCGAUCCAACUCCCAGAGGAAGAAAGUGAAGUGACGAAGCUCUUGGAAGAAGAAGAGGAUCAAUUGACGGCUGAUCAGAAAUCCGCGAGUUCCUUGGAUCGCUACGAACAGUUUUCGGGUCAUCAAUUGCAUUGGACAGUCUCUGGACAAGAGGUUGAGAACGAGAUCAACUUGAUUAAAAAAUGGCUGAUCGAGUUAUGAGGACAGCGCGUUUCGAGUCAGGCGAUCGAUUCGGUCUACUUGUACAAUCCUUGCCUCUUCUCACAUCAUAACACUCGCAAACUCAACAAACCUGUACCUAAAAACAACUCAUCCACAUAGCACUGGUGCCUCAACCAAAAGGAAAAAUAGGCUUUCAAAUAGAAGGUACCUCAAAUCACCUGUAAUGAAUCUAAUUAAGUCCCAAUUUCUGUUAUAUUUGUAAUUUCAUUCACCAAACUGUUUUAUGCAGGAAAAUCUACAAGAUGGUUUAUCAAAAA